UAGAAGUCGCCAAAGCCGACGGCAAACUGGGAUGGAGAAGAAUGUUGAAUGUUUAGGGGGAAAAGUAGCUCUUCACUUCCACCAGGGAUGAAAAUUUAGUGCUUGAACCGAUUGUUUGAGACUGAGGGUGUGAACAGUGAAUCCAGGAGAUUCGAUCAUUUGGAUGUGGGGCACGUGAGUUCUAUGUUCUGGUGAUGUGAUUGUGGUGUUCGAGAGCCCAUUGUAGUGGUCCAUGUGUGGCUACCCAAUCCAAGAUAUUCUCGGGGGCGCUUCCGACCCGUUUGCCCAACCCUUCGUACUUGGCCGAGAUCCACAAACCGGAUUUGGUCAAGAAACUCAACUCUCUUCAUGCCCAAUUCUCCGCCCUCCCGAAAACGUUCCAACGGAGCACUAGCCACAACCAUAGCCAUCAUAGCAGCAGCAACAACAACAACAACAACAACAACACUCAGACAUCGCACCCCAGUGGUGGCACGCCCUCAUUGAAAAUGGAGGGCGUGGCCCACCGCCUGGCCCGCAAGGGCUGGUGCAGCUGUCUGAAGGACAGCGAACCCCCCGAAAUCACUUACUGCGUGGUGGAUGGGGCGGGAACGCUUAAUUUGCAAACAGUUCCACCCACACAACCAAUGCCUGAUGAGGAAGAGCUGGAUGAGAAAUUCGCCGAGCUUGUGGAGGAGCUGGAUCUCUCUGCACCCAAUAAAAGUGCCAUGUUGAGUUUGCCCAAUGAGAAGAAAUGGCAGAUUUAUUGUUCGCAGAAAGGCAAGCAGGGGGCCGAUACAAAUCUGAGUAACAACCCGGAAACCUACAUCGAAAAAGUCAAGGAACUGGCCAUGAUGAGGUUUUGUCAAGAGAACGAUGAGAUACGAAAUCGUGCCCGUCAGAUUGAUAGUCUUCAAAUAGCUUUACGAACUCAGCCCAACAGCUUCGUGACACGAUUCAUGGAGGUUGACGGCCUCUCGAGCAUCCUCAAUUUCUUGUCUUCCAUGGACUAUGAAACUCGUCAGAGCGUCCUCCACACAGCGGUCCUGGGAUGCCUCAAGGCCAUGAUGAAUAACUCGACGGGGCGUUCCCACGUAUUGGCACAUCCCACGGGGAUCAACAUCAUAGCUCAGAGCUUGAAUACCGAGAACAACAAGACCAAGAUUGCCAUUCUCGAGCUCCUUGGUGCCAUUUGCUUGGUACCUGGAGGCCAUAAGAAAGUCUUGGAGGCCAUGCUUCAUUACCAAGUCUUUGCUCACGAACGGACAAGAUUCCAGGGUAUUGUCAAUGAUUUGGACCGGAGUACGGGUAAAUACCGUGAUGAUGUCAAUCUGAAAACGGCCAUCAUGUCGUUCGUCAACGCUGUACUGAACUAUGGGCACGGUCAAGAUAAUCUGGAGUUCCGGAUUCACCUUCGAUACGAGUUCCUCAUGCUUGGCAUUCAUCCAGUUAUAGAUAAACUCAGGCAGCAUGAAAAUGAAACGUUGAAUAGGCAUUUGGAUUUUUUCGAAAUGGUCCGAUUAGAAGACGAGAAGGAAUUGGCCAAGAGAUUCGAUCAAGUCCAUGUGGAUACGAAAAGUGCUUCAGCCAUGUUCGAGAUCCUUCGGAAGAAAUUGAACCACACCUCGGCAUUUCCACAUUUCUUGUCCAUGCUACAGCACUGCAUACUCCUUCCAUUGGAUUAUGGAGCUCAACCUCAGUAUUGGCACAUGUUCGAUAAAGUGGUCCAACAACUGGUGUUACAGUCCGAGAACCACGAGGAUCACGAUGUAACAAUGCUAGAUAUUAACGUCAGAGAACUAGUGGAACAAUUGGCCAAGGAGGAAGAGUAUUCCCAGUUGCAAAACCGAGUCGAGGAAUUGGAGAAGGAGAACUCGGAGUAUCAAACCAAUUUGGCCAAAAAGGAACAAGAAUUGGAUGCUAAAACCCAAGAGAAGGAGGAUCUGGAGUCAAAUUUGGAACGCACCAAGGAGAAAUUGGAACUCGAGUUGGCCCGCUUCAAUGAGGCCAAGCAACGUUUCGGAGAUUUCGAGUCAAGUCAACACACUACUCUAGUCACAUCCUCGUCCUCCGUUUCAUUUGCACCACCAGCGCCACCCCCUCCAGCCCCGCCCAUGGCCCCUCCCCCUCCAGGCCCUCCUCCGCCACCCAUGAUCGGAGGUGGAUCGCUGUCGCUAUUACCUAAAGUGGGUGUGCGGAAGAACAUCCCCCAAUCCUCGAACCCUUUGAAGUCGUUCAAUUGGUCAAAGUUGCCAGAUUGCAAAGUCCAGGGCACCAUUUGGACCGAAUUGGAAGAGACAAAGCUUUAUAAGACCCUGGACUUGGCCGAAGUGGACAAGCUGUUUUCAGCUUAUCAGAAGAACGGUCUCCUGGUGGAUGGGUCCAUCGAAGACCUUCGCUCCAUGGGCACCCUGGGGAGACGGAAUAAAAUCAUCUCUGUGAUAGAUAGUCGACGAGCUCAAAAUUGCACCAUCCUCUUGUCAAAACUCAAGCUCUCCAAUGAAGAAAUCACCAAAGCAAUCAUGAGCAUGGAUAGUCGAGAUCAGUUUCCAGCCGAUAUGGUCGAGCAAAUGCUCAAAUUCACUCCCACACCCGAAGAACGAGCUCUUCUGGAUGAGCAUGCGGAUGAGAUCGACCAUUUGGCCAGGGCAGAUCGAUUUCUCUUCGAGCUUUCCAAGAUAACGCACUACGAGCAAAGGCUGAGAACCCUUCACUACAAGAAGAAGUUCCACAUUUGGUUCUCUGAAAUCAAACCCAAGAUCCAAGCGGUGCUGGAAGCUUCCAAAGAGGUUCAACGGAGCAAACGGCUCAAAAAGAUGUUGGAAAUCAUCCUGGCGUUCGGCAAUUACAUGAAUAGGGGCCAAAGAGGAAACGCCGUAGGAUUCAAAUUGUCAAGUUUGACCCGAAUCGCCGAUACCAAGUCCAGUUGCAAUAAGAACAUGACCCUUCUUCAUUACAUUGCCGACACUUGCAAUGACAAGUUCCGGGAAUGUCUUAUGCUUGAUGCCGAUCUUCCACACAUCAAAGAUGCUUCCAAAGUGAAUAUGAAAGAGUUGGAAAAAGAUAUGAAUAUGCUACGCAAUGGCAUGAAAGAGGUUGAGAGAGAAAUCGAAUUCUUCCGCACCCAACCCGCUUCCAAUGGGGAUCGAUAUCUCCUGGUUAUGAAAGAGUUCUCGGCCAAAACUGGGGUCAGAUUGUCAGAGUUAGAGGAUCUCUUCAUCGACAUGAAAGCCAGAUUUGAUCGUGUCUGCAAACUCUUCUCUGAUGACCCGGCAACCACUCAUAGUGAUGAAUUUUUCGGAGUCUUCGACUUGUUCAUCACAACAUUCAACGAGGCUAAACAAGAGAACGAUAACAUUAAGAAGAAAAAGGAGGAGGAGGAAAAGAUCACCAAACAGCAACAAGAGCUGAGAAUGAGAACUCUGGAGCGAAAGAAGAGUACAAGUCGGGCCAAUGGCUUGAACCACCGUGCAACGGGCAGUAUCACGGCCAAUCACGGCUCCGAGAAGAAUGAAUUUGAUGAUUUGAUCUCGGCAUUGAGAACCGGUGACGUGUUCGGUGAGAACAUGGACAAAUUCCGUCGGAAUCGCAAGAUCCGCAACUCUCCACCGCGAAUGGAACGCAUGGAUAGCUUCAUGCGGGAAAGAAACUUUGCUUCCCGAGAAAAAUGAAUGAACCAACAUAACCCUUACUCAAUAUAAGUUCCAACUAACGAUGCUGUGCCAUUCGAAUAAACUCAUACUUCAAAUUGACU